UCUGAAAGGAGAGAUUAGGAGAGGAUUAGAGCCCACUGGACCAGCUGGCCUCCAAAUUCAUCCUUAAAAUAUCUCAGGAAUGUCGAUAUCCUUUCUCCUGACGGGAACCGUGAAACCUGACGGAGGCGCUGUUUCAUGCAACGCCAUCAGCAGGUUGCUGCUGUAGGUGAGGCGGAAGCAGUUCACGCGUAAGGAAUCAACCUGUUCGAUGUUCCUCGUUUUGCCUCGACCAUCUGGAAGCAGUCGGAUGAAGGGUGUGUCUGUUCAAAUGGAGGCAGUAAAUUCUCACGGCGGCUGGCUGUGAAUGAAAUGGACCCAAGCUGAUGCCCCCACUGUACCAGUCUGCCCCCAUUUGGCCCUGCUGGUCACGGGUAGAGAUGGCAGCGUGCCUGGAUGUGCUGACCAUACCUGGAGCUGUGGUUGGGAGUGUUUUACUGCUGGUGCUGAGCAGUAAUCCUGUGUGGGGGAAUGUUACCUUAACUCUAAAUGGCAUCCAAUCCAAUAACUCUACAGGACCCAACAUCGCGGCCAUCGUGGCCCCUACAGUCACCUUGGGAGUGCUGGCUAUAGUCUCCGCUUUUCUCGUCUGGUUGUUCUGCGUGGUCAAAAAGAAGAGGCAGACCGAAGGGACGUACAGACCCAGCGCUGAGGAGCAGUCUGGUGCACGCAGCGUUGCCGCACCAGAUGCACUAAAAUUACCAAAGGAGGAAAGACUCAUUUGAGGUUUUGCGGAACACCCUGUAAGGACUCAGGCUGCAAACACUUGCAUGGCAGCCUUCCUGUGUGACGAGGCUCUCAGACCACUGAGAGAAAACUGUCUCCAGGUUUAAUAGAGGACAAAGAGAGGUCUUUGAAACCGUACAACAUGAUGCAUUUUCUUGUCGCUCCAUUUCAACAAGCACUGAAUUGUUCUUGCUUGGUAAGCCGAAGAGAAGCGCCCAAAGGGAUCUUUCUCUGGCUUUUAAGAACAACUGAACAUUUCAAAGAGGUCUAAAUGUUUAUUCUGCACAAGUUAAAAAAACAAAAAGCUACAGUAUUUUAUCACCACUAAUGAUUUUAGUUUAGCGACACUUCUUUUUGCCAGCUGCCUUAAUAUGUCACAAUUACUUGUUUGAUUUGACUCUGUCUAAAAUUUCAAUGCAAAAUCUAUGCUGACCUUUAACCUCAAACCUUUUGCAUUUUUAGUCGAUCGCAUUUGAAAAGGAAAGAGUUUCUAUUUAUGAAUUUAAUCAAAAGAUCUUAUCCUUGUGCAAACUUGUUUUUUACGAAGCUGCUGUGCGCUAAAAAAAAAAGUCAGGUUAUAACUAGAAAUCAGAAGCAACUGUUUACACUUGACAUUUCUUUGAAUAACAACACUAAUUUUAAGACAGGUUAUCAAUAAUUCACCAGAUCAUACGUAUAGCACAUAAUUGACUGUAAUCAAGUAGAGAUGUUUUACAAUGUCACCAUGUGUUUAUUUAUGCAUUUGUCAAAUAACAGAAAAUUUGUUUAAUAUUUGUGUAAUUAAACUUUACAAAGUA